AUGGGCGAUGAAUACGAGCAAUUAGGACCACCGGCAGGAGAGAUUCCUCCACCUCCUCCUCCUCCACCACCACCACUUGAGCCGGGUGAACCGUUCCCUCCUCCACCUCCUCCACCCCCUCCACCGCCACCACCUCCUCCACCACCUCCACCACCGCAUCCACCACCACCUCCACCACUACAACAACACCCAACAACGGGAGGUCGAGGAUGGUCUAACGAAAGACAGAAUAAAUCAGCAGAGCAAGGGAAGACAGCAAAGAAGAAAAAAGGCAAAAAGGGUGUAAGAAAAUCGUCGCUAGACAAUUCAGAUCCUCCAUCACCAGCACAGCAGGCGGCUCGUGGUACGUGUGUGGUUGUCGUCAGCAUCUUCAUCUCAUUCGUUAUUAUUGCCACCGUUUUUGGUGUAAUUAUUGUGCUUCACUUAGUUGAUGUAGUUAACUGGUUCCCAAUCAUAAAGAAACUGGCUGGUAAAUAA